AUGUCUCAAGCCAGCAUAUCCGAUGAAAAGAAAAUGCAGUUGGUAUCAUCAUCAAAUACAACAAUGCCACUGUCUCUCUCUUACUCUCCUGUUGGACUGGGCCAACUUCGUAUCUGGAUACAAUUCAGACAAGCACUAAGGACAAUGGCAACACUAGGUUUUCCAGAGAAGGAACUAGAUACUAUGAAAGAAUUAAUAUUUGGUACUAACCUUUAUCUUUGGAUGACUUGUUUCAUCUCCUUCUUUCAUAUGCUAUUUGAUUUCUUGGCUUUUAAAAAUGACAUUAGUUUUUGGAGGAAAAGAAAAACUACUGUUGGUUUGUCGAGACGAACAGUCAUAUGGAGGUGUUUCAGUUACACUGUAGUUUUCCUAUACUUAAUGGAAGAAGAGACAAGUUUAUUAAUUCAAGUACCAGCUGGCAUAGGUGCCGCUAUUGAAUAUUGGAAAGUUUGGAAAGCUCUUAAGCUGAAAAUAGAAUGGAGUAAUGGCCUUCCUAAAUUAAAAAUUGGACAACAGAUAGCAUUAGAGGAACAAACCGACAGAUAUGACUCGCAAGCUAUGAAAUAUCUAACCUAUGUUCUAAUUCCACUAGUACUUUUAGGAGCUGUAUAUUGUUUAGCAUAUCUUAGUUAUAAAAGCUGGUAUUCCUGGCUUAUACAUAGUCUUGUUAAUGGUGUCUAUGCAUUUGGAUUUAUAUUUAUGUUACCUCAAUUGUUUGUUAAUUAUAAGUUAAAAUCAGUAGCCCAUUUACCUUGGAGAGCAUUCAUGUACAAGGCAUUUAAUACCUUCAUUGAUGAUGUAUUUGCAUUUAUUAUAACAAUGCCAACAUCACAUCGUGUUGCUGUAUUUAGAGAUGAUGUUGUGUUCCUAGUCUAUCUUUAUCAAAGAUGGCUCUAUCCUGUUGAUAAGAACAGAAUUAAUGAGUAUGGUGAGUCAUUUGAACAUAACGAGACACAUGUGGCAGCUGUGAAGAAACAGCAAUAA